UGAGAGCGCAAAAGGAGCGGGUCAAUAAAUUAUGUUAAUCAGUCAGGACAGAUUGGAGGCGUGUUGUUGCCGUAAUGAGGGGGAGCAUGCCUGCACCGUGGAAAAGCUCCGAGUGGUAACGCUGCCUCCACUACAUGCGCUCCGUCUCCUAUUUCCCCAGUCUCUCUUUCUACUUUAUUGUGCAUAAUAGCAUUUUUUCUCUGCGCUACCAGACUACUGUGCAAGGCUCAGUGCAACAAGUUUGCAGGAGCCCCAACGCGCCGUCAGACAGGUUGACUUGCUUUGGCUGGAGCGGAGCGGGGCUCCACUCGUCUAUCUGUCGCUGUCACCACAAAGUCACUGUACGUGAACGCCGCGUCGUAGGCAGGCAGGCAGACACACACACACACACACACACACACACACACUGAUACAUAUACACACGCGCAGAAGAGUGUGCCAUAAAUUCGUGACUCCGCGCCAGAUGCAGUUUGCUCCCAACAGCGCGUGUAGUUGUAGUUAAAUGGAGAUCGCGGAGGCAAGAGGAGCAUCAAAGUGCGCGGAAAAAAUGGAGAAAGUGGCGCCUCAGAAGCGACAACAUUGUCGCACAACAGUGCUGAACAUAAUCUCGUCUUUAUGUUCAGUGGCGUCCAUCGCCUUUUGCAUUCUCCUGAGCAUUAACGCAGCUGAUAUCAAGAACCGGGUUGUGGAUUUGGAGAGUGGGAAUGGCGAGCGCACCUUUAUCCGUGCCCCGGGCUACUCCAUGGAUGAUUUUAAUUCAUUGAUUCAACAAAGAGUGGAUGAGCUGCUCUCUCAGCGAUCCUAUGAAAAUUUUGUCAAGAUUCGGACUGCCAGACAAGCGUCACCUGAAUGCAACUGCCCUCCAGGACCUCCGGGAAAGCGAGGAAGAAGAGGCCGCAAUGGAGAACCUGGACCUCCUGGCCCUCCAGGUCCAAAGGGUGAAAAGGGGGAUCAAGGCGACCAGGGACCACGGGGAUUGCCUGGUCUCCCUACGCUGGCUGCUUUGCACAGCAAUCAGAUCCUGACUGUCAAGAUGGUCUUCCCUAAGAUCAAUCAUGGCUUUCUUUCCGCUGACCAGCAGCUCAUAAAGCGGCGGCUCAUUAAGGGAGAUCAGGGGCAAGCAGGACCGCCUGGGCCUCCGGGGCCACCGGGCCCACCUGGGCCAAGAGGGCCUCCAGGGGACACAGGCAAAGAUGGGCCCAGAGGUGUACCCGGUCUACCAGGUGAUCCAGGGCAGCCUGGGGAAACAGGACCCAUGGGACCUGAGGGGCCACAAGGGCUGAAGGGUUCAAUCGGGCCUCCUGGCACUCCAGGUCUUGAUGGACUGAAGGGGGAUGUUGGCAUCCCAGGAGUGGACGGUAUCCCCGGAACCAAGGGUGAAAUGGGAGAGCGAGGUGAAAAGGGUGAUAUGGGCGAAGAAGGGCCGAAAGGUGAAAUUGGGGAGAAGGGCGAUGCAGGCUCCUCUGCAGCUGGCAUCAAGGGUGAACCUGGAGAGCCUGGACGAAGUGGACAAAAGGGAGAGCCAGGACUUCCAGGGCUGCCUGGACUCCCAGGGAUAAAGGGAGAGCCGGGAUUCCUUGGUCCCCAGGGAGAGCCAGGACUUCCCGGACUCCCAGGAACUAAGGGUGAGAGAGGCGACCACGGGCCACCAGGAAAGGGUGAACGAGGAGAAAUUGGACCUGUUGGACCAAAGGGUUCACAAGGAGAGGCUGGGACACCUGGUCCCAAAGGGUCAAAGGGAGAAACUGGAGAUAAAGGAGACACGGGAUUCGCUGGCCCAAGGGGCCCCCCAGGGCAGAAAGGAGAUCAAGGAGCCACUGAAAUCAUUGACUACAAUGGAAACAUUCAGGAGGCUUUACAGAAGAUUACCACUCUUACAGUAACGGGUCCUCCUGGGCCUCCUGGGCCAAUGGGACCACAGGGUAUAAAGGGGGAUCGUGGUAUGCCUGGUCUCCCUGGACUCGAUGGAGAAAGAGGCUACAAAGGUUCAAAAGGAGACAUGGGAAUGCCUGGAGCUUCAGGGGAGAAAGGAGCGACUGGAUUACCUGGCUUACCUGGUGUUAAUGGGGUCAAAGGGGAAAAGGGAGAUCUAGGUUUGCCUGGUCCUCAGGGUCCUUCAAUUAUUGGCCCUCCAGGACCACCAGGGCCCCAUGGACCACCAGGACCCAUGGGACCCCAUGGUUUCCCUGGACCAAAGGGUGAACCUGGAUUGCAUGGUCUGAAGGGUAUGCGAGGGGAACCAGGACACAAAGGGGACCGUGGACCUCUGGGUCUCCCCGGAGCCUCCGGCUUGGACGGCAAGCCCGGAAUUAGGGGCACGGAUGGGCCUCCAGGUCCAGCUGGUCCUGCUGGGCCAAAGGGUGACAUAGGUGAGAGAGGACCACCAGGCGAGCCAGGACCAAGGGGACCUUACGGACUCCCUGGAGCUGCUGGAACACCAGGCUUGGAUGGGUUGCCAGGCUUAAGGGGAGAAAAAGGCGACGUUGGGGAAAGAGGAGAAAAGGGGGAGAAGGGAAAGAAGGGCAAAAAAGGGCCUAAGGGCGAGAAAGGAGAACAGGGUGCCCCUGGAUUAGAUGCACCCUGCCCAUUGGGCCCAGAUGGAUUACCAAUGCCUGGAUGCUGGCAGAAGUGAUCACUCUAACCUGAAACGCAUGGAGUUUGUAAAUAAUGCUUCUUUUAUGGUAUUUAUAGUUUUUUUUUUUAAUGGAAAAAAAAUAGUCUAAAAGAAAAGAAGUCUAUGUGUACAAUGAUACAAAAAAAAAAGAAGAGAUAACCGUCCCAAGUUUCAAGCCCUAAGCUGCUUCUACUCACAUUGCUGUGUGGAAAAAAAACCAACAAACAAACAAAAAAAAAAAAUGUGUGUGGAGUUCAGAUCCUUGGCUGGCUGCAGAACUUGUCUCUUUAGUCUUUGCAUGGCUCAGACUGGAGCGUCGCAGGCCCCGGCCAGAUUCACAGGAGGUGAAAGGAGACGUGGGAGGAGGAGGAAGUGAAGGAAGGGGAUCUGGACUGGCUCUCUAACACCAAACGCUAGGUGUUUUGUGUUGUUUUCGUCUCAACAAGCUCACCACUCAUUCAUGCAGCACCAUUUUCUAGAAGACUAAAAAAAAAAAAAAAAAAAAAAAAAAAGACUGUGCCAAACAGAACAUUGCACCCCUGACCCCCUGCAAAAGCAUGAGUAGUGUACUGAAACUAUAUUUAUAUGUAUUGUACAUACAUGUCACUGUUUUGUGGUUGCGUCAUGGCUUCUGCAGAAAAGAAAAACAACACUAACAUAUAAAAAAAAAAACAAACCCAGAGCUCUGAAUUAGUAAUUCUUGCUUUCCUUUAAUCUUCUCAAGGGAGUCACGCCAUGGCUGGUAGCCUGAAAAUCCCCCAGAAAGUAAAGCUGUUGGUUGUUGUUGCUUUAUUGUGGUGAUGCCUGCAAAGAGGGUGUGAUAUCAGCAGGUUUUCACUGUUGCACUCGUGGCUCAGCAUCAUUAUUAUCAUCAUCAUCUUCAUGAGUGUGGUGUGCCCCACCCCACACACACACACAUGCAGCCACACACCUCUAGACAAAGAGGGGAGAACUUGGCGGGCUCACUGCUGCACCGACAAGAAAACAAAUCAGGCUCACGAGGAUUUGAGGUCGGACAGGGCCUGCUCGGGACCCCCCUCACCCCACCCCACCCCCUCUGAGUGCGGGAAUGGAUUCUGCCAGGGGAGUCGCUAUAGGGUCUCAUCGAUCUCCAUAGAGAUCAGCUGGAGCAUCUGCCUCUCCCAACAAGCAACGCUUCAGGGUCUACUGAGAGCGUCGACAGAAUGCAAUCAUAUUCUCUUUUCUUUAUUGUAUUUUUCUGUUUGCUCUCAUUCUUAAACAUUGUAUUUUGUGUAUAAUAGCCUUUGGUGCCUCAAGCUUUUAUUCAUUCCUUUAUCAGAAAUGUACAACUUUAUAUCAUAUUUUUAAUUAUUGGAAUGGUGUUUUUUUCUGAGGAGUAAGCUUUGUUUGGUUAAAAAAAAAAAGGUUGUGAGAGUAUUGAAAAGACACACAUUGCGCACUGUUUUUCAAUUGUUUUUACAGGAUUUUGAAAUAGCAUGAGGGUCACAGCUUCACCUGGACAUACAGUUAGAUUGUGUCCAUCUUGACUGUGGUUUGGAAGAAGCUCAUUGUUUUCAGCAUUGUAACAAAUAUGCUACUUGUUCAUUCUGGACAUGUUGUAUGGGAUGUUAUUUGUACGGUGUUGUCAGUUCACUGCAUGUACACAGUUUUUUACUUAUGGAUUUCUUAAAUAUUGAGAAUAAGCAUUGUUUAAGAGGAGCUUUAUUUCAUACAGGGUUGGGCUCCUUUCUGAACAAAGGAGAUUUAGCCGAACACACAGUCGCUGGUAUUUCAGAUGUGUCAGAUUAAGGCAGAUUAUGUUGAAUAGAACCAUCUCAGUUGCAUUACACCUCUCAUUUAUUGUCUUAAACAUAUAGAAAACAUUGUAAUACAGUGCCAGAGAAGCUAAAUUUAAUAGACACAGUUCAAUUUCCAUUAAUAAACCAGAAGCUAACUGGUGGCCAGUUAAGUCACAUUCCAUAUCAGAUGGAGCAAAACUAAAUGAAGCCGUAGCUCAGAACUAGGUUUAUUUUUCACCACUGUCCAUCCAUCUUCUCAUUUGCCUUCUGACAUAGUAGGUUCUAUGCAAGGUGAUAACUCACAGUACUUUCUUUUCUUCAACAUUAGACAUAUGCAUGACUGGUUUACUGUAAGGGCAGUGAAAAACCAACAUUGUGUUGUGACGUAGCAGCAACCACAGGUAGAUUUGAGGAGGUUUAUUCCCACAUGGUUUCAGUUUGAUUGUACAGUUCAUCUCAUCAUUAUAAAGAAUGGAUGCACAUCUGUAUAGAUUAUAAUGGUGCUAACUGAUAGUAGGUCAACAACAGCUCAGCUGAUGUACUCUACCAGUGGCAAGAACUACACAACAGGUUUCUUUAUUGUUGUUGGGGUUUUAUGUAUGUAACAAUUUUUUGUGCAUAUAUUUGUGUAUUUGUCUCAUUAUUUUAAGUGGUACAUUAUUUAUUUUUCUAUAAUUUCUUAAAAGAAGGCAUUUUGGUUUUAAACAGCAUUCCUUUCAGUUGUUUUUGGCUUCUGAUGUCAGUUUCCGCUGCGUCUCUGUUGAUAUGAAGAAUCUUGGAUCAUGCUUAGGCAAAAAGAAACAGUUACACAAAUGGUGCAGUGUGAAGGAAGUUGGUCAUUUACAAAUUACAGUGUGAAUUCACUUCAGAUUACAGGCCUUACCAUUUGAAUACAUCUGCUUUUAUUUCUUUAGCAUGUCAGAAAGCGAACUAUGACAACAAAGUACUGAUGGCCUGCAUGUUGACAGGCCCAGCCAAUGCAACCGUGUACCGCGUUAAAUAUCACAGCUUUUUCUCAUGCCUCUUAUUCUCUCUCUCUCUCUCUCUCUCUCUCUCUCUCUCUCUCUCUCUUCUCUUUGCAUUGAAUGUAGUUUGAUAUAUGUAUAGUGGAUUAUUAAUGUACUGUUAAAAUGUGUGCUCAUUUGACAAGAAGUGCAAUUUAUACUUAUUGGUUAAUGUGUGUAGCAUCAAAUGCAGCUGAACUAUCACAUAACUGUGAUUUCUAUAGCUCCAUUUGUUCAGUCAUGCUACCCUGUAUACCACUACCUGGAAAGAAAAUGUUUAUUUACCAGAAGACAAAGAAACAAAUAUGAACCUGGACCUUUCAUUAAAUCUCAAUUUAGAUUGGUUUAUUUUUGCUUCAAAACUGUCCCUUCACUCAUUUUUUUAAAGUGUUAUUUCCAUUACUUAAUAUUUACUAAGUUUUUCAAUGUGUUUUUUUUUUUUUAAUUUUGUGUUUUGACAUCCAGCCUUUGUUACAGUAUUUGUUCUCACAAGGUGCUGUAUCUUUAGCAUGUGCAGCUAAUUUUUUUAUUUGAUUUUUUUUUUUAUUUGAUUGAUUUGAUUGUUUGUUUGAUUGUUGUGUUUCCUUGUUAAAGUUACAGAUUUAGUUUAUUCUGCUUUUAGCAGAAGUGCCAAAACAUUUCAUUUAUUUCCAUAUCAGUAUUUAACAGAGUUGGUGAGGAGCUCCAAAAUGACUCACUGAUAUCACACAUUCGUUUUAUUUGUCGUUGUUACAGGAAUGCUCUGAGGCUAAAUUUCCUCAGCAGAAACAGUAGCACACACCCAGAAACCACACUUUACUCAUCAAAACUUUUCAGAAUAAAUGUGUUGGAUCAUGAUAACUCAUGAUAGCAUUGUGCUGACAGACAACACUGGUCUCAUAUGAGUACUGAAAUCUUACUCACUUCUAUACCCCCCCAAUGCACUGCAGCCUUACUGAAAUACUUAUAUUGCCACAUACUCUCCAAAAUAAAACACAGUGUUGGUACAGAAUUAUAAAUGUAAAGCAAAAUGCAGUUUGUGGCUUUUUUGAGUUACAACUGUAUUUUUAUUAUUAUUUUUUUUUUUGGUGGUGUAUGCAGUUUAUGUUCCGCAUUUGUGUUAAUCAUUUUUUACCCACUUGAUAUUUCUUUGGAGAGCCUUGUGUUCACACACUGCUAUAUUUCAUAUGACUGUAAUGUUGGAGCCAAAUAAACACAGUCUUUCAAAUACAUCAUACAA